AUGAUAUGGGACGCGCACGGCGUAUGGUCAAGACUCAAGGAAGCCAUCGAUCGACAUGCUCAGAUACCUCGUUCAGACAGCAAAUGGUUCUACGGGACAGUGUACCCUAGCCGAAAGACGAGCGCGGAGAAUUUUUCGGGCAGCUCCAAGUGCGAUGAGAUCAGUACAGCUGCAGCGUUGAAACCCCGACGGACGGCGCUCAGUGUGACGAGAAGAAGAGGUGCUGCACGACCGGUCACUGCUAGCGGUAUCAUUGCCGGCAACAUCUCCACCCAGCGCGUCAAGCUCAACAACGGCCAGGAGAUCCCCCAGGUCGCCCUCGGUGUCUACAAGGCUCCCAACGAUGGCUCCACCGAGAACGCCUGCAAGUGGGCCUUCGACGCCGGUUACCGUCACAUUGACUCUGCUGCUCGUUACAUGAACGAGGAGUCGGUCGGCCGCGCUCUCGCCGAGUGGACCAAGGACAACAACGUCCCCCGCUCCGAGAUCUUCAUCACCUCCAAGCUCUGGGACGCUGACCACGACAAGGCCGCCGCCGCCGUCGAGGACUCGCUCAAGAAGCUCCAGGUCGAGUACAUGGACAUGUACCUCAUGCACUCGCCCGGUACCAUGGGUGCCGAGCAGCGUCUCGAGGCCUGGAAGGCGCUCGAGGAGGCCGUCGACGCCGGCAAGAUCAAGACCAUCGGUGUCUCGAACUUCGACGUUGAGGAGCUCGACCACCUGCUCGCCAACUGCCGCAUCAAGCCCGCCGUCAACCAGAUCGAGUCGCACCCCUUCUUCGCCCACGAGGACCUGCGUGAGGCCUGCAUCUCGCGCGGCAUCCACAUCCAGGCCUACUCACCCAUGGCCCAGGGCCAGGCGCUCGACCGCCCCGAAAUCAAGACCAUCGCUCAGAAACACGGCAAGACUCCCGCUCAAAUUUUGCUAAAAUGGGGUCUGGCUCACGGAAACAUCAUCCUCCCCAAGAGUUUGACCAAGCACCGCAUCGAAUCUAACGCCCAGCUCUUCGACUUUGAGCUCGACGGAGACGACAUGGACGUUCUUGAGUAUGAAAGUCGGAAAGUUGGGUCCUGCCGGCACAUCGCAGCCCGCAUCGCCCGGAGGAACCCGCCCUGGCUCCCGCCGCUCUUCCGGCUCGGGUGGUCUCUCUGGCAACAAGCUCCAGAUGUCUUCGUCGUAGAUAUCAGCAUGUUGACCGAUCGAAUCGAAGACGAGGAGGUGCAACCGUGUCGCACUAAUUUCUGCACCUCCUUGACCGAUUCCAGAUCAAUCCUGUCGCAUCAAGACGUCCACUCAGACGUCCACAAACAUGUUUUGUUCCGUUUGUACUCUUAA